AUGGCCACGCUCCAAGGCGACGCUUACGACACCCGGCCGACACCAUAUACACUGGCUGGAACUUCGUGCAGGGUACUAUGCACUUAUUUCCUGCGAAACACGCAUCAAACCUCGGUCUCGCCGAAGGCCGCACUCGGGCAAACAUACCGCGUUUGA